AUGGGCUGCCCGCGGCGCCUGUUCGCGGCCGCGGCCCUGUGGCUGGUGACGUCGUCCCAGCGCGCGCGGCCGCGCCGCGACCUCGGCGCGUCGAGCGCCGCGACGUCCGGUCAGCGCUACAAACCGCAGCGCGUGGCGACCUACGCCGGGCCGCGCCUCGGCGACACGGUGAACCGGAGCGCGUCGCCGCUGCCGCGGCCCUGGUCGGCCUGCGAGCGCUGCGGCGUCGUGACGACGAUCAAUCCGCCGAGCGAGGCGAUCCUGCGCGUGGGCAACGCGUCGGGCUGGUGCCUCGUCGUCGUCGGCGACCGGAAGACCGCCGACGGCCCUUACGAGGCGCUCGCGGCCGCGGCGCCGGCGACCGUCGCGUACCUGAGCGCCGCGGCGCAGGAGACCCUGCCCUACGGCCUCGCGAGCGCGACGCCCUGGGACCACUUCGCGCGCAAGAACCUGGGCUACCUCUACGCCAUCCACGCGGGCGCGGCGACGAUCUUUGACUUCGACGACGACAACGUGCUCCUCGGCGCGCCGCCGGCCUCGGCCGGUGCGGCGGCGCGGGCGUCGGACCCGCGCCUCGCGGCGCCCGACGCGCCCGACGCCGGGAGCGCCUUCUUCAACGCCUACGCGGCGUCGCGCGCGGGCGAGUACACCGAGCACCGAGCACGCCGAAGAGUCCUGGUCGCGACGUGA